AUGAUGGCGGAAGGCGUCGGGAUUCUCGCCAUCGAAUUGUAUGCGCCGAAGCUGGCCAUAAGCCAAGAAGCGCUCGAACAGGCCGACAACAUCCCGACUGGCAAAAAUACGAUCGGCCUAGGGCAGCAGGAAAUGUCUUUUUGUGAUGAUCAGGAAGACACUGUUUCGAUCUCGCUGACCGUCACCAAGAAACUAUUUGAAUCUUACGGGGUCCUCCCUUCCGACAUCGGCUACGUUUCAGUGGGGACGGAGACGCUGAUAGAUGUUAGCAAGAGCGUCACCACCGAACUGAUGAUGCUAUUCGGCGAAAAUGCGAAUGUCGAAGGCGUUGAUAUGAAAUGCGCCUGUUUCGGAGGCACACAAGCUCUGUUUUGCGGUGUCGAUUGGGUGCGUGCGAAUUGGGCCAGAAAAAAGAAAUAUGCCUUGAUUGUAAUGGCCGAUAUAGCGAUUUAUGAGGAAGGGGCAGCGAGGUAUACAGGCGGUGCGGGCGCGGUAGCUGUUUUGGUCGGACCGGAUGCUCCAAUCGUAUUUGAUGACUGCUUACGUGGGACGUUCCAACGCUCUGCCUGGGACUUUUACAAGCCGCUGGGUGGUGGCCGCAUCACGGAAUACCCGGUGGUGAACGGCGGCGAGAGCUUGCGCACCUACAUGCUUGCGCUUGACGAAUGCUACAAGGAUUACAAAAGACAAGCCCGUGAAUAUUUCAACGAAGAAAUCUCGAUCGAUUCGUUCGGUGCGGCCUUUUUCCAUUCACCGUUCACGAAAAUGGUGCAGAAGGCAAUAGGGCGCCUCCACUACUGGGACAUCGCUGCAGGCAAAGCAGUUGGAACUGAAGAUCUACGAGCACUUCCGGCUAAACCCAAUUUGGACGAUCGGGCCGUAAUUACUCAAUUGCUGCGAAGCUCGGCAAACGAAUAUGAGCGGCUGACUUUGCCAUAUCUGGACUUCAAUCGGAGAUGUGGCAACAUGAAUACUGCUGCACUAUUUGCUCAACUGGUCGCCUGGCUUGCGAAAAGUUCGCCGAAACUCUCUUCUGAGGAACGCCGUAUCUUGUUCUACUCCUACGGCAGCGGGUGCUCGGCUGCGAUGUUCUCAGUGCGCGUCACUGAAAAUGAACUCCCAACUUCCCCACUUUCCAAGCUGCGUCGCGUAUGCCAAAGGGCAUUGGAACAGCUCGAUCAACGAGUGGUUGUUUCACCGGCCAUGUAUCGUCAAGCAAUUGCUCACCGUGAAGACUUACUGACCAAGCCAGGUGCCUACACCCCGUCCGGAAUCGCCAACAAUUCACAAAAUCUCUUCCCGGGAACCUACUUCCUGAGCCAAAUCGACAAACCCGGUGUGCGCUCUUACGACCGGAUGCCGAUCGAAAUGCUGAACGGACACCACCUCAAUGGCCACUUUAAU